AUGAAGUUUGCGGAACAUCUGUCGGCGCAUCUAACGCCGGAAUGGAGAAAGCAGUACAUCGAAUACGAGACUUUGAAGAAGAUGCUGCAUAUGGCCCAGCACCAAGCCCCAAAGACAGAAGUUUCAGAACCUGCAGUUAUUCAACGAUAUUAUGCAUCAUUGGAAGAAAGAUUCUUUCAGAUAAGUGAGAAAGAACUAACCAAAAUAAAUACAUUUUAUGCAGAAAAACUUGCAGAAGCCCAAAGAAGAUUAGCAACGUUGCAGAUUGAACUUGAAGCAGUACUUGAUGCCCAGAGAGGGAUCGAUGCAAGAUCAACGGGGCACUGGAGGAGCAUCCUUCUUAAACCACACAGGCACCGAGCACGACACAAGAAAAUCUGUGACCUGAAGCUGGCCUUCAGUGAACUCUAUCUUAACCUAGUUCUACUGCAGAAUUACCAGAAUCUCAAUCUCACUGGUUUUUCCAAAAUCUUGAAGAAGUAUGACAAAAUGUUCAAUGCAUCAAAAGGCGCAAGCUGGCAGACAGCUCAAGUGGAGAGCUCGACAGUGUACACCAGCAAAAAGAUAGACCAGCUAAUAAGCGAGGUGGAGUCACUCUACACCAAUCAGCUGGAAGGAGGAGACAGAGCCAGGGCAAUGAAGAGGCUUCGAGUUCCACCUCUAGGGAUGGCACAGGUCAUCUGCCCGGUGUGGACAACCUUUCGUGUAGGGGUUAAGUGUGGACUCAUUAUGGCACUCUCAGUACUGAUAAUCAUCAAAGGUAUCUACGUAUCCCAGAAAGCCAGUGUGUGGCCCCUCCUGAGGGCUUACAGAGGGGGCUUCAUUUUGAUUGAGUUUGUCUUCCUGUUGGGAAUUAAUAUCUAUGGCUGGAGAAAGGCAGGAGUGAACCAUUGUUUGAUCUUUGAGCUUGAUCCCAGGAACCACCUCUCCCAUCAGGAAUUGUUUGAGCUGGCGGGUUUCCUGGGAGUCCUCUGGUGCCUGAGUGUACUUGCCUGCCUCUUCAGUGCUUACAUCCACACUCCAAUGCCAAUCAGUCCCCUGGUCCUGUAUGGAUUUAUGGUGCUACUUCUCCUGAACCCAACCAAAACCUUCUACUACAAAUCCCGGAUCUGGUUAUUAAAAGUCCUGUCCCGAGUAUUAACAGCCCCCUUCCAUAAAGUUGGCUUUGCUGAUUUCUGGCUGGCGGAUCAACUCAACAGCAUGGGACCAGUUUUCCUCGACCUCUGGUCUUUGAUCUGCUUCUACACGUUUGAUGUGAACUGGGAGAAUAACCAGGGUCUCCUGAGCCCGCCUGCAGAUAAAUUCAUAAGCAGUGGUAAUUCCUAUGGAAUGACCUGUUUUAUCCAGUGUAUUCCACCCUGGAUCCGAUUCACCCAGUGCCUCCGCCGAUACAGGGACAGUAGGGAUGCAUUCCCACAUUUAGCAAAUGCUGGAAAAUACUCUACGGUGUUCAUCAUGGUAACCUUUGCAGCUCUAUAUUCAACUGAGAAAGAACGCUCUCAGUUGACGAUUGGUGUGAAGAUUUACUUUUACCUGUGGGCCGUGACGACCUGUGUUAGCACUAUUUUCACCAUCGGCUGGGAUUUGAAGAUGGACUGGGGACUGUUAGACAAGAAGACCAAGGAGAACAAGUUUCUGAGAGAAGAGACAGUAUACCAAUAUAAAGUCUACUACUACUGUGCCAUUCUUCAGGAUGUGGUACUUCGUGUUGCUUGGGCUCUCAAUAUCUUGUUCACUCAGAGCAAGCAGUCAGAGGUGGCUGAGAUCAUCUCAACUACCCUGGCUCCACUCGAGGUCUUCAGACGAUUUGUCUGGAAUUUCUUCCGGCUGGAAAAUGAACACUUGAACAACUGUGGCCAUUUCCGAGCGGUCCGAGACAUUUCCAUCAUGCCCUUAACUGGGGACAACCAGGCAACUCUGCUGUUGCUGAUGGAUCAGCAGGAAGGCGUCAGAAAUCGUGGAAAGGUCAAAUGUGGCAAGAGGAAAACCAAUUUCUCUUUUAAAAGAUCAAGAGUCAAAAGCUGGGAAACAAAAAUUCACAUUGAGGAGACGGAGUGAUGGGACAAAGCUGAACAAAGUUCCCUUGAAACACUGAGCAAAGGCAUGGGGCUGUUUUGAAUGCUCCAAAACUCAUCUGGGUGAACUGAACUGUUCAUUGAAGUAAAAAGACCGAAGCCACUGACAUUGGAGAAAUUUCAUACUUUUGCGAAACAAAAUACUAUAUCUACAUAAAAAAUGUGGUGGCCCUCUUCAAAUAAUCCUGCACUGGUAGAGGGUGUUCUUAUUCUGUUGGUCUCCUUGACAUAAAGACCUGCUCCCAGACUCGCAAUUUAGAGACCUUCUCUAUUUCCAGUCUUCCAACCCCUAUCUGGCCAAUUCUCCAGUUGUCCACCAGGAGAGGAAGACAACUGAUCUCCACUCAGUACCUCCGACUUUCCAUUUUCCACCCAUCCCAUCCUAUUCCCCUCUUUUGAUA